CAUUGCAUGAUGGUACCCACUAUUAAUCUGGACUAGCCCUCCACACAGCAAAUCUCCAGGGUCAGAUAAUCCCGUUGCAAGCUGUCCCUUUCCACCCCCGGAGGGCCCUGAAUUAGGUCAGACGGGAUUACAUUUGCAUUUUAUUUUAUUUAUUUAUCUUUUUUAUUAUUAUUAUUUUUUUCCCCGUGCUGGUUACACGCGCAGUCAGCCUCGGAGGAGGCGGGGAGGGAGGCGGGGAGCGGCGGGAGCUUUAGCCGAUGGCAGUGGCUGAUGCCCGGCGGCGGAUGCCAGCGGCAGCCGGGCGAUGGCGAGGAGCCGGGCGGCUUACGAGUACACGGAGGCGGAGGACAAGAGCAUGCGGCUGGGUUUCCUCCUCAUCGCCGCCGGCUUGCUUUCCCUCUUGGGCUUGGGCUGUUGCUGGCUUCGCCCGGCGCUGCAGGAGCGGGGCGGCGGCGGCUCGGCCAACUGCACGGUGCUGGCGGUGCGGCAGCUGGGGGAGCGCUUCGCCUGCACCUUCUCCUGCGGGGCCGCCUGCCGCGGCACCGCCCGCUACCCCUGCCUCCAGGUGCUGGUCCGCACCUCCCGCUCCUCCGCACCCGCCCUGCUCCACGAGGACGAGCGGCAGCUGCGCACCAACCCCAAGUGUUCAUACAUCCCUCCCUGUGCAAGAGACGAUCAGGAGAACUCCGAGAACGUCACGUACAAGCAGAAAUACUGGAAAGAGAAAGUGGGUUCUCAACCAUUUACAUGCUAUUUUAACCAGCACUUGAGGCCAGAUGAUGUGAUGCUGAAGCGCACCCAUGAUGAGACUGUUCUCCUGCACUGCUUCCUCUGGCCCGUGGUGACUUUCCUGGUUGGAGUCCUCAUCGUGGUCCUGACUAUCUGUGCCAAGAGCUUGGCUGUCAGGGCAGAGGCAAUAAAAAAGAAGAAGCAUUUAUGA